AUGUCCAACACUAUUGAUAGUCUCAACAAAGACAAAAUCAAAAUGUCCAACACUAUCAAUAGUCUCACCAAAGAAAACCUCCAAAUGUCCAACACUAUCGAUUUUCUCACCAAAGACAACCUCCAAAUGUCCAACACUAUUGAUAGUCUCAACAAAGACAAAGAGUUUCAACUCAGACAAGCAAACGACAAGUAUAAUAAUCUUUCAAAGGUGAAGUAUGAUGAAAUCAGGGAAUGGAGUGGUAUGAAUCAAAAACAUUUGGCCCAAAUCUCUGCAAGGGAUACAGAAAUCAAAAAGAUGAAUGUCUCUAUGGAAAAAUACAAGACAUCUAUUGGUGAAUGGAUACAACAAACCGAACAACUCAAAAAUGCCAAUAUCCAACUCAAACAAACCAACACUGUACAAACCAAAAGGAUCGACGAUCUCAACCGUCAAAUUGCAGAACUUCGUGCAUCACUAAACUCUUACAAGAAUUAA